AGCAUCCCCAUUUAUUGGUUCCCUUCCUCCGGCAGAAGAAGAAGAAAAAAGUGGUGGCUCCGAAGAGGAACACGAACAGCGUCGGUGCAAAUCAUUAAGAUGGGAGACAGUGAUGAUGAGUACGAUCGCAGGAGAAGGGACAAAUUCAGACGGGAGAGAAGUGACUAUGACCGUUCGAGAGAGAGGGAUGACAGGCGCAGGGACGACUGGAACGACAGAGAGUGGGACCGGGGCAGGGAACGACGAAGCCGCGGAGAGUACCGGGAUUAUGACAGAGGACGACGAGAGAGAUUCACCCCGCCCAGACACGACAUGAGUCCUCAGCAGAAACGCAUGAGAAGAGACUGGGACGACCAUGGUGGAGAUCCUUACCGUGGGGGGUACGACCUGGGUUAUGGUGGUGGUGGUGGAGGAGGUGGCGGCGGCGGCGGUGGAGGCGGCGGAGGAGGAGGAGGAGGCGGCGGAGGAGGAGGAGGGCCUAGCUAUGGGCCACCACAGCAUUGGGGCCACCCGGACCUGCACCUCAUGCAGCCUCAUCACGGCAUCCCUAUUCAGGCGAGACUCGGUAACCUCCAUGACAUGGAUCUGGGUCCCCCUCCUCCCAUAAUGAAGACCUUUAAGGAGUUCCUGUUGUCCCUGGAUGACUCGGUGGACGAGACCGAGGCGGUCAAACGCUACAACGAGUACAAGAUCGACUUCCGCCGGCAGCAGAUGCAGGACUUCUUUUUGGCUCAUAAAGAUGAAGAGUGGUUCAGGUCCAAGUAUCACCCGGAUGAGGCCAGCCAGCUAAAGGCGGAGGCCCAGAGCGCGCUGCACAACCGAGUGAACGUCUUCAUGUUCCUGAUGGAGAACAGCUGGUUUGAUAACGUCUCGCUGGACAUUGAACAGACGCCCGCCAUCAUCAAGGUCCUGGAUGCAGCUGUGAUAAAGAUGGAGGGCGGGACGGAUCAUGACCUGCGUAUCUUGGACCUGCCGGCUGAAGAGGAGGAGGAGAGGGAGAAGUCCUCUUCUGCGUCAGGUGGCGGCGAACCUACCAAGAAAGAAGACCUCAAAACAUCGGCGGGAGACCGCAAACCUUCCGUAGACAAAGACAAAAAUGAGAAGGAGGAGAACGACUCGGCCAGCACAGAGCGAGCUGCUGCAGCAGAAGGGCCGGAUGUGAAAGAGGAGGCAGAGAAAGAAGCAGCCAAAGAAGAAACACACGAACCCAAGAAGCCGAGGAGAAAGAGGAAGCACAGCGGAGACAGCGACGAUGAAGGCACCGCCUCUGAAAGCGACUCUGACUCUGAUUCAGACUCAAACUCCAACUGCUCCGAGAAACCUGUGAAGAAAGAAGAGGCAGAGGACAAGGAUGAGGAAGAGGAGGAGGAGGAGGAGGGUGAAGAGGAGAAACCUGAGAAAAAGGAGAAGGCCGAAGAGGACAACAAGGAGGAAAAGAAACCCAAAGAUGACUCUCCGAGGCCGCGGCCGCUCCACAGGACCUGCUCUCUGUUCAUGAGAAGCAUCGCUCCCUCCAUCUCCAAGGCUGAGAUCAUUGCUCUUUGCCGGCGUUACCCUGGCUUUCUGCGCGUUUGCUUGUCUGACCCCCAUCCAGAGCGCAGGUUUUUCAGACGUUGCUGGGUGACAUUUGACCGCAGCGUCAACAUCAAAGAGGUUUGCUGGAACCUGCAGAAUAUCCGACUGCGGGACUGUGAGCUGGCCCCGGGGGUGAACAGGGACCUGGCCCGUCGGGUGCGUAAUGUAAACGGCAUCACUCAGCACAAGCAGGUGCUGCGCAACGACAUCAAGCUGGCCGCCAAGCUCAUCCACUCCCUGGACGAGAAAGGAGACCUGUGGAGCAUCAAGUCUCAGGAGGAGAGGCACAGGGAGAGCGCCGAGUUGGCCGCCCAGAACCCCAUCCUGAAGAACAUCACAGACUACCUGAUCGAGGAGGUGAGCGCGGAGGAGGAGGAGCUCCUGGGCUCCGGCAGUGGGAUGGACUCAGAGGAGAGCGCCAAGGAGGGAAACCCCGCAGAGACCACGGUGGAGAGGGACGACAAACUAGCCAAGGUGUUGGAUCGCCUGGUCCUGUAUCUGCGCGUUGUGCAUUCAAUCGAUUACUACAACACCUGUGAGUACCCCAGUGAGGACGAAAUGCCCAAUCGCUGCGGCAUGAUCCACGUACGAGGACCCAUCCCUCCCAACCGCAUCACACAGGGAGAAGUUCAACAGUGGCAGAAGAUGAUGGAGGAGAAGCUGAGUCCUUUGGUCGCUUCCAAAGAAGUCCUGUCUGAGGAGGAGGCUGGGAAGAUGGGACGCAAGGAUCCCGAGGAGGAGGUGGAGAAGUUUGUGAACGCCAACACUCAGGAGCUGGGGAAGGACAAGUGGCUCUGCCCACUGAGUGGCAAGAAAUUUAAGGGCCCUGAGUUUGUACGAAAGCACAUCCUGAACAAACAUGGGGACAAAAUUGAAGAAGUGAAAAAGGAAGUGGUGUUCUUCAACAACUUCCUGAUGGAUGCCAAGAGGCCGUCGCUGCCAGAGAUGAAGCUUCCCCCUCUUCCAGGCCCAGGCUUGCUUUCUCCCACCAUGCCAUUUCCUCCUCAAGGUCCUCAGGGUCCGAUGGGCUUCGGACAGCCUCGUCCACCACUGAUGGGCUAUGGUGGUGGCCCUCCCUACCCCCCCAACCAGUAUGGAGGCGGUGGCGGCGGCGGUAGAGGAAACUAUGACAACUUCCGAGGACAAGGUGGCUACCUGGGCAAGCCACGCAACCUCAGGUGAGACUUCUGAUGUCCCGCGGUGAUCCACGCAACAUCAUCGAGUACCGCGACCUGGAUGCUCCGGAUGAUAUGGACUUCUUUUAGGAUGUUCCCGCGCUCCUCUACCAGUCUUCACUCUCGACCAGUGUUCUGUUCUUGUUGCUUUUGUGGUUGAUUUAGAUUCUCUGUUUUCCCUUUUUUAAUAUUUUGUUUUGUAAUUAUUUAGCAACAAGAACAAACUCCUGCUGUAACUGACUUCUAAAUAAAGUUGUGAUCAAGUAUUAAUCAAAGGAAACCCUCAAUUUG